UUUUUACACUGUGAUAUUAUUACUUUUUGUUCCACCACCGUGUGUCCUACUCCUAUUGUAAAGCGGACUAGAUGAGGUAAAACCACAUCUCCAGGUUCUCAUUUGAGCCUGUCACUUCUUAAUCACAGGUCAACUUUAAUCCCCUCGCAGGGGAUCACCCUUCCACUGUCCGCCGUCAAGGCUUAGCUUAGGAUAGGUGAGACACAGUGCAACAGGCAGCGUCACUUUUCCACUCUCCCUCGCCAGGUAAACCUCCACCUUGCUUAAUCACCAAACUGCAGAGAGAAAGGUAAAGGAUGAGCGCUCAUGUUUUAUUUCUGUGUUCCUAGAGUCUUUGAGUAGCCCCACAGUAGCAGCAGAGUAGAGCAGCGUAGGGGGCUGUUGAUCUGUGGAGGGAUGAUAGUGUGCUUACAAUGACCAACUGUUGGACUGUGUGGGACUGUCAAGGCUCCUUGGUGAAGGAGAGGCAAGGCUCUCUGUGGACGAUGAACCGAUACGCUACGCUAAAGCAGCUGGGGGAUGGCACGUAUGGCAGCGUGGUCCUGGGAAAGAGCAACGACACCGGGGAGCUGGUGGCCAUAAAGAGAAUGAAGAGGAAGUUUUAUUCUUGGGAUGAGUGCUUGAAUCUAAGAGAAGUGAAGUCACUGAAGAAGCUGAACCACGCCAAUGUGGUGAAACUGAGGGAAGUCAUCAGAGAAAACGACUACCUCUACUUUGUCUUUGAGUAUAUGAAAGAAAACCUCUAUCAGCUCAUGAAGGAAAGGGAAGAUAAGAUGUUUUCUGAACAUGAGAUAAGGAACAUUCUGUUCCAAGUAUUGUCUGGCUUAGCGUUUGUGCAUAAGCACGGGUAUUUUCAUCGUGAUAUGAAACCGGAGAACUUGCUCUGCAUGGGCCCGGAGCUGGUUAAGAUCGCUGAUUUUGGACUAGCCAGAGAAAUCCGCUCGCAGCCACCUUACACCGAUUAUGUGUCCACAAGAUGGUACCGAGCCCCAGAGGUUCUGCUGAAGUCUAACUCCUACAGCUCACCCAUCGACAUCUGGGCCGUGGGCUGCAUCAUGGCGGAGCUCUACACACUCAGACCCCUGUUCCCUGGCAACAGCGAGGUGGACGAGAUCUUCAAGAUCUGUCAGGUGCUGGGAACGCUGAAGAAGUCAGACUGGCCUGAGGGCUACAACCUUGCCACCUCCAUCAACUUCCGCUUCCCAAAGUGCGUCCCCACCAGCCUCAGAUCCCUGAUCCCCAACGCCAGCAACGAGGCGAUCACACUGAUGAAGGACAUGCUGCAGUGGGACCCUGAGAAACGACCAAGUGCUGCUCAGGCUCUACGGUAUCCAUACUUCCAUGUCGGCCAGGCGCUCGGUGCUCCUCUGAAGUACUCAGAGCAGCACAAAGCUCAGGCAAAGAUGUCCGAGGUGGCUUCAGAAACAAAGCCUCUGUCUCUCUGUAAGACGGACCUAGAAGCCGGUGAGUUAAGUAGGACACAGACCUGCAGCCAAUCUCUCCAAAAGCCCCUUCAGCAGAUACUUCUACCUCAGGACAACACGGAGCAAAACACAAGACAAGCGAUGUGUUUGUCCACGCUGACAGGGGGGCAGCAGGAACCUCUCAGCCUGGUGAAGAACAUGCAACCAAGGCAGGCUUCUACAAGAGCAGCUCCCACAGGAGCAGAGAACAGCGUGACCGCAGUGAGGACAGGACGUCGCCGCUGGGGACAGACGUCUUACAGGUCCGUCGACAGCUGGGACGACGGUGACGACGCAGACGCUGGAGCCUCCAUCUCCAAAAAACCCACCAUCAACUCUCUGAAGGACAGGCCCAGCUGUCGAUUUCCGGAGUCAAAGAGCAACGCAGGAACAAAGCUGCCGAGCAACAGAGCUGACUCCACCACCUUGUCUGCCAAGCAGCACUACCUCCGCCAGUCCAGAUAUCUGCCUGGCAUAAAUCCAAAAAACAACUCCUCAGCAGGAAGCCAGGGUGUCGGCAGAAGCCCGUGGGGCAGCUCGGGUGUAACCAGAGGACAGAUGCUGGAGCUUCCUCUAAAUAAAGACAUUAGUCGUCCCAAGUUAACAGAUAAGCAGCCUGUAAAAGAAAAGACCCUGGAGGAUCUUCAUUUUUCCAAAGACUCCUUCAUGAGCAAUCCCAACAACCCAAACAAGACUCACGUGCCACCUCUUCAGAAGACUGAAACAGGAGCGGCGAGGCAGAGGAUUACUCUGGCCCCGAUAGGAGGCAGCUCUGCUCUUGAUCUAAGAGUUGAGUCCAAAAUCAAAUCGUCCAAGAGCAAGACCUCCUCAAUUGAAGAAUAUGAAGGGUGGAGGAGCAGAUCUCUGAAACCUCAGAUCCCUGGAUCCAGCGCCACAGGGAGGAACACUUUUCCAAAGACCACAAACUUGCAUCCAGUGCACGGACGAGUAGACUGGACCGCCAAAUACGGAGGCAACCAGUAGCACGGUGCACCAGAGACUCUUAGCCAGGAAAUACAGCCUUCAGAGGAGAAGUGUUUUCUGCUAUUUGCCAUGCUAUUAAAUAUCAGUGUUGUACAAGUGAUCCAUAACUUCUACAGUCAGUAUUUUCUUUAAAUAAUAGACUGAAAAAUAUAUAAAGUAGUUAUUUUUUUAUU